CUUCCCAUUGGCCGCUGCCUGCGCACAGGGCCCUCGCGGGUCGCCAGCUGGGCCCCCGGAGUUGGCAGGUCUUAGCCAUGAACUCCCCUGGAGGAAGAAGGCAGGAAGCCUCAGGAUCCAGGGGUCAAAGGGCUCACAGACCCCGGGAACAGGACCGAGACGUGCAGCUGUCCAAGGCUCUGUCCUAUGCUCUGCGGCAUGGGGCCCUGAAGCUGGGGCUUCCCAUGAGGGCUGACCAGGGCAAGUUCAGCUCCCACCCAUCUGUAGAUGGCUUCGUGCCCCUGGGCGCCCUCCUCCAGCUGCCCCAGUUCCGCAGCUUCUCCGCUGAGGAUGUGCAGCGCGUGGUGGACACCAACCAGAAGCGGCGGUUCGCCCUGCGGCCGGGGGAUCCCGGCACCGGCCCGCUCAUCCGGGCCAAUCAGGGUCACUCCCUGCAGGUACCUGAGUUAGAGUUGACGCCCUUGGAGACCCCCCAGGCCCUGCCCCUGAUGCUCGUCCAUGGCACAUUCUGGCAGCACUGGCCGUCCAUCCUGCUCAAGGGCCUGUCCUGCCGGGGAAGGACACACAUCCACCUGGCCCCAGGACUGCCUGGGGACCCCGGCGUCAUCAGUGGCAUUCGGCCAAAUUGCGAAGUGGCCGUGUUCAUCGAUGGGCCCCUGGCCCUGGCAGAUGGAGUCCCCUUCUUCCGCUCUGCCAAUGGAGUGAUCCUGACUCCAGGGAACGCCGAUGGCUUCCUGCUUCCUAAGUACUUCAAGGCGGCCCUGCAGCUGCGCCCUACCCGAAAGUCCCUGUCUUUGGCUGGUAAUGAAGAGACCGAGUGUCAGAGUGGCCCCGAGAACAGCUCCAGAGGAAAAAGGAUGAUCUGACAAUAAAAUAUUUAUUAAAAAAAAAAAGAAAUGUAAAAAAGAUGA